AACGGGGAAAUGGAUCAACUGAAAUUCCUAGAAUACUGUGAUUUCUUCAAACCAAUUCUGGUGGAGGAGAUCCUACUCGUCGAACAUCCCUCGCUGCUACCUAACGGAAAGUGUUCCGCGAUAGGGAAAAUGGCACACGGCGAAGACAAGCUGCUAUCCUUGAUGAUUCCGGAGCUUCCCGGGAGUUUUCAACUUGAAGAUGGCACCUUUGUUCUUGAUAUCUCCUUUAGAAAUUACCGAGGAAAGAGACCGCAAGGAGGAGAUCAUGUCGAGGUGUGCGGCACCCUCAUGCUGUACGAUACUGAGUGUUCCGCCGAUAUCAACUCAACUACCUCAUCCGGAUUCUUGCGAGAACGGCUGAUGGAAGCAGAUAAUAUCGAUGAAUUAUUUAAAGAAAUGCGCUUAAAAUAUAAGCCAUUCAUUGAGGUAGAAUAUAUAAACCCCGUAAAGGAAGCGAGGCGUAUGAUUGCUUGUAAUUUGCGGAUGAGAUGUCUGCAGACAAAUAAUCCCGGAUGAAUCAGUGAAUCAUUUACUAAA